GUCCAGGUCCCCCUCCCCGUCUCACACAAGUGUACCGUUUGGUCCAGGUCCCCCUCCCCGUCUCACACAGGUGUACUGUCUGGUCCAGGUUCCACUCCCCGUCUCACACAGGUGUACUGUCUGGUACAGGUUCCCCUACCCAUCUCACACAGAUGUUCCGUCUGGUCCAGGUUCCCCAGCCUGUCUCACACAGAUGUACCAUCUGGGCCAGGUUCCCCUCCCCAUCACACUCAGGAGUACCGUCUGGUCCAGGUUCCCCUCCCCAUCACACUCAGGAGUACCGUCUGGUCCAGGUUCCACUCCUUGUCUCACACAGGUCUACUGUCUGGUCCAGGUUCCACUCCAUCUCACACAGGGGUACCAUCUGGGCCAGGUUCCCCUCCCCGUCUCACACAGGUGUACCGUCUGGUCCAGGUUGCCCACCCCGUCUCACGCAAGUGUACCGUCUGGUCCAGGUUCCACUCCCCGUCUCACACAAGUGUACCGUCUGGUCCAGGAUCCCCUCCCCGUCUCACACAGGUGUACCGUCUGGUCCAGGUUCCCCUCCCCGUCACACUCAGGAGUACCGUCUGGUCAAGGUUCCCCUCCCCAUCACACUCAGGAGUACCGUCUGGUCCAGGUUCCCCUCCCCGUCACACUCAGGAGUACAGUCUGGUCCAGGUUCCACUCCUUGUCUCACACAGGUGUACUGUCUGGUCCAGGUACCACUCCAUCUCACACAGGUGUACCGUCUGGUCCAGGUUCCCCUCCCCGUCUCACACAGGUGUACCGUCUGGUCCAGGUCCCCCUCCCCGUCUCACACAAGUGUACCGUUUGGUCCAGGUCCCCCUCCCCGUCUCACACAGGUGUACUGUCUGGUCCAGGUUCCACUCCCCGUCUCACACAGGUGUACUGUCUGGUACAGGUUCCCCUACCCAUCUCACACAGAUGUUCCGUCUGGUCCAGGUUCCCCAGCCUGUCUCACACAGAUGUACCAUCUGGGCCAGGUUCCCCUCCCCAUCACACUCAGGAGUACCGUCUGGUCCAGGUUCCCCUCCCCAUCACACACAGGUGUACUGUCUGGUCCAGGUUCCCCUCCUUGUCUCACACAGGUGUACCGUCUGGUCCAGGUUCCAUUCCCCGUCACACACAGGUGUACAGUUUGGUCCAGGUUCCACUCCCCGUCUCACACAGGUGUACCGUCUGGUCCAGGUUCCACUCCCCGUCUCACACAGGUGUACCGUCUGGUCCAGGUUCCACUCCAUCUCACACAGGGGUACCAUCUGGGCCAGGUUCCCCUCCCCGUCUCACACAGGUGUAUCGUCUGGUCCAGGUUCCCCACCCCAUCUCACACAGGUGUACCGUCUAGUCCAGGUUCCCCUCCCCAUCUCACUCAGGUGUACUGUCUGGUCCUGGUUCCACUCCAUCUCACACAGGUGUACCGUCUGGUCCAGGUUUCCCUCCCCGUCUCACACAGGUGUACCAUCUGGUCCAGGUUCCACUCCCCGUCUCUCUCAGGUGUACUGUCUGGUCCUGGUUCCACUCCAUCUCACACAGGUCUACUGUCUGGUCCAGGUUCCACUCCAUCUCACGCAGGUGUACCGUCUGGUCCAGGUUCCACUCCCCGUCUCACUCAGGUGUACCGUCUGGUCCAGGUUCCCCUCCCCGUCUCACGCCGGUGUACCGUCUGGUCCAGGUUCCCCUCACCGUCUCACACAGGUGUAUCGUCUGGUCCAGGUUCCCCACCCCAUCUCACACAGGUGUACCGUCUGGUCCA